GAGUAUCUCUCCUGAGGAACUUCCUUGAGUAAAAUAGGAGUAUCUCUCCUGAGGAACUUCCUUGAGUAAAAUACAGAGUAUCUCUCCUGAGGAACAUUGCUAGCUGUGAGACUAAAAGCCCACAAAAGCAUACAGGCACAGGAUCUAACAAAAUAAGAUGGCUCCAGGUGGCCCAGCUGAGAAGGCGGCAGAGGGCAAGCAGUCAUCCAAAGAAUCCUCCAUUCACAUUCCGAACCCUCACUUUGAGAAGAUGAAAGAGGAUAUCCUGUAUCACUUUGCUCUUGGGACGGGUACCCAUGAUUUCCCCGCCUUGUUUGGAGAUGUAAAGUUUGUAUGCAUCGGAGGGAGCCCUUUACGGAUGAAAGCUUUUAUCAGCUAUGUAGCGGAACAGCUGGAAAUCGGAAGCCCCAGUAAUGACUUCCCCAACAUCUGUGCGGCAACAGAUCGCUAUGCAAUGUACAAAGCUGGCCCUGUGCUGUCAGUCAGUCAUGGAAUAGGUAUGCCCUCCAUUGCUAUCAUGUUACACGAGCUAAUCAAACUGCUACAUCAUUCCAAGUGCUCCGAUGUCAUCAUCAUUCGUCUGGGCACAUCUGGUGGAAUAGGUUUGGAACCAGGCUCUGUAGUGGUCACCAGGCAGUCUGUAAAUGCCACCUUCAAACCUCAGUUAGAACAGGUUAUCCUGGGGAAGUCUGUAUUUCGCAGUACACACCUCGACGAGAAACUGGCUGAAGAGCUGAUGGAGUGUGGCAAGGAACUGGACCAGUUCAACACAGUCGUUGGGAACACAAUGUGUACCCUGGAUUUUUAUGAAGGUCAAGCUCGCCUCGAUGGUGCAAUCUGUUCAUACAGCAAUGAAGAGAAAAUGAAAUAUUUGAAGGCAGCUCAUGAGGCCGGGGUAAAAAAUAUAGAGAUGGAAUCUUCUAUUGUGGCAGCCAUGUGCCAUCUUACUGGCAUCAAAGGUGCUGUGGUAUGUGUCACACUCCUGAACCGUCUACAAGGGGACCAGAUUACCAGUUCUCCCGAAGUUCUGGCAGAAUUUGAAUCGAGGCCACAAAAAUUGGUGGUGUAUUUUAUAAAAAAGCGUUUGAAGAAAAAAUGAUACCUCUGCUUCAACUUGUUACUGUGAUUAAAAGCUCCAUGUUUCUUCAUGGAUGAAUUAAUGGUGAAAAUGUGCUUCAUAAUUGCUUACUCCUCACCUGACAGCAUUACAGUUAAUCCUUCAGAGUGCUGUAUGUUCCAAGGCAUAAUAUGAGUGAUGGUUAAUUAAAUUCUAGCUUAUUUGCCUCAUUUUCCAUUGUAUCUUAGGAAAUAGGUCCAACGUUAAAAGGAAAACUUGUAAUAUGUAAAAAAAGUGUGCGUAUCAAUCAAUAUAGAUGCGUUCAUAGUGGUGCGAAGCUGAAUAAACCCCCUCAGAAAUGAUUUAGGACACUGAAUCUUGGCUGGUGGAGGUCUAUUCCAAUCACAGACUUCUCUAUUACAGGAUUUGAACUUUCCCCAAAAGAAAGUCAUCUGGUUUAUAAAAAAAUGGUAAUUAUUUUGUUAUUCCUAAAGGAUAUACAUUCCAUCAAAGCAAUUGCAUAUUUCUGCAUUUUUUUCUGGCUAAUUCGCAAGAAUCUAGUCCAUUUCUAAUUGAUUUCAUUUUAAAAUUUUAUAUGUUACAUACUGUCGCAAGAAGUGAGAAGUAAGUAUUUAUUGGAAGCGCUUAAUUUUAAUCAUCUUCUCAAGAACUAGCAAUAAGGCUCUGGAGCAGCUAUUAGCAUUUACAGCCAUGACGGAUUUGGUGACUUGAACUUAUCAUAGAGGGAAGAGCCAUGUUAUGGUGCUUAAUUUUUGAGAUCUGAUGAGAUUGGGCUAGCAAUUCACUUCCAGGCCAUGAAAAGCUUCACCUGUCCAUUUCCUGCUUUAAGGGACAGGAUGUUUCCACUCCAGAAAAAGCCCAAAGAGACAGCAUCAGUAGCACUGGCCGCUGUACAUCAGCCUGGAUUCAAGCCAUGGUAACUGCUGGGGAAUUUCUAUGUCCCCUAUUCUAAAAGACCUAUGUAUGAGCAUUUAUUGGAGUUAACCUGACACA